AUUGAUGCUGCCCGGCAAACAGCGAAGGCCUUCUCUCAUUUCUUUCAUUCUAACAGACAACUAAUCAGAAUGGACCAUGGAGACCGAGGGAUGGGCAUCUCUCACCUUCGUUAUGAGGAGGAGGAGGACCAUCAGUCCAUCUACAUUGGAGUCCCAGUGCCUCGGGGAUACCGACGCAAACGCCGGCGAAGACGCUCCAGUCGUGAGGCGUCUGACAUGGACAGGGACAGACACUACAGCCACCAUAGACACCACGACCAUGAGCGAUACAGAGAGAUAGACAUGGAGGAGGGACUCAUCGACCCCAGCGAGCAAAACAUCCCAGACAUCAACCACACAAUGUCUCCAGCGGCAGAGCGGCUGCGCUACAUCCUGGGUGAAGAUGAUGACAUGCCAACACCUACACUCUUCACCGAGAUGGACACUCUGCAGCACGAAGGAGACGAGCUGGAGUGGAAGGAGUCUGCCAGGUGGGUGAAGUUUGAGGAGAAGGUUGAGGAGGGAGGAGAGAGGUGGAGUAAACCCCACGUGUCCACGCUGUCCCUACACAGUCUUUUUGAGCUCAGGACGUGUCUCCAGACGGGGACGGUGCUACUGGACCUGGACGGCUACUCACUGCCUCAGAUAGUUGAGGAGAUCAUUGAAAGGCAGAUAGAAGAAGGCAUGAUAUCUCCCGACCUGAGAGAGAAGAUCAGCUUUGUGCUGCUGAGGAAACACCGACACCAGACCAAGAAGCCGAUCCACCGCUCGUUCGCAGACAUGGGCAAGUCCAGCUCCUCUGCCAAUCGAAGUCCGGGGUCACGGGCCGGACCGGGGUCAGGGGCCAACUUCAACCGAUCCACCGAGGAUCUCCGAGUGAAACAGCAGGGUGCCAGCUAUGGCCGUCUGCGUCACGCCCAGAGUCGAAGUAUGAACGACAUCGCAGACACCCCCAGCACAGAUCAGCUUAAGAAUAAGUUCAUGAAGAAGAUCCCCAGAGAUGCCGAGGCGUCCAACGUGCUGGUUGGCGAGGUGGAUUUCCUCACCAAGCCCUUUGUGGCCUUUGUCCGCCUGGCCCAAGCCACCACACUCGGAGGCCUCACUGAGGUCCCUGUGCCCACCAGAUUCCUGUUUGUUCUCUUGGGUCCCCAAGGAAAGGCCAAGUCAUAUAAUGAGAUCGGCCGAGCCAUAGCCACCCUAAUGGUGGAUGAUCUCUUCAGCGAUGUAGCCUACAAGGCCAGGGAUCGGGAGGAUCUCAUAGCAGGCAUUGAUGAGUUUUUGGAUGAAGUGAUUGUUCUUCCACCUGGAGAAUGGGAUCCUAAAAUCCGCAUCGAGCCACCCAAGAAAGUCCCAUCAGCAGAGAAAAGGAAGUCAGUGUUCUCCUUGAAUGAGCUGGGGCUGAUGAACGGCACAGCUGGAGGAGGGGGAGGCCUGGUCGAGGAUGAGAUGCCAGUGCCACAUGAACUGGGAGAGGAGCUGGCAUUUACUGGGCGCUUCUGUGGUGGUCUGUUCCUGGACAUUAAGCGGAAGCUGCCGUGGCUGCCCAGUGAUUUCUAUGAGGGUUUUCACAUCCAGUCCAUCUCAGCGGUCCUCUUCAUCUACCUGGGCUGCAUCACUAAUGCCAUCACCUUUGGUGGCCUGCUGGGAGAUGCUACCGACAACUACCAGGGUGUAAUGGAGAGUUUUCUGGGUACGGCCCUGGCAGGGACCGUGUUCUGCCUCUUCAGCGGCCAACCCCUUAUCAUCCUCAGCUCCACUGGACCCAUCCUCAUCUUCGAAAAGCUCCUCUUUGAAUUCAGCAAGAACAACGGCAUCGACUACAUGGAGUUGCGACUGUGGAUCGGCAUCCACUCCUGCCUGCAGUGUUUCAUCCUGGUGGCCACCGACGCCAGCUACAUCAUCAAGUACAUGACGCGCUUCACAGAGGAGGGCUUUUCCAGCCUCAUCUCCUUUAUCUUCAUCUCCGACGCCAUCAAGAAGAUGGUUGGCGCCUUCAAAUACUACCCCAUCAACACUGACUUCAAGCCUGACUAUGUCACGGCCUACAAGUGCGAGUGUCUGGCCCCAGACCCGAUUCCCAUGCCAGAUAACAGCUCUAGUGUCUCUGGGUUGAAUGUGACAGGUCUGGACUGGAGCCAGUUGAGUAAGAAGGAGUGUCUGAAGUAUGGAGGCUCUCUGGUGGGAAAGUCCUGCAAGUACGUCCCCGAUCUGGCCCUCAUGUCCUUCAUCCUCUUCUUCGGCACCUACUCCAUGACCGUGUCCCUCAAGAAGUUCAAGUUCAGCCGCUACUUCCCCACCAAGUUGAGGAAGCUCAUCAGCGACUUCUCUAUCUUCAUGUCCAUCAUGACAUUCGUGGGGCUGGACAUGCUGAUGGGACUAAAAACACCCAAGCUGAUCGUCCCUACAGAAUUUAAGCCGACUCGGCCGGACCGCGGCUGGCUGGUAAUGCCGUUCGGUAAGAACCCGUGGUGGAUAUAUCUGGCCAGCUUCGUCCCCGCCCUCCUCGUCACCAUCCUCAUCUUCAUGGACCAGCAGAUCAGCGCUGUUAUCGUCAACCGCAAAGAGAACAAACUCAAGAAAGGUUGUGGCUACCAUUUGGAUCUGUUCUGGGUGGGCGUGCUGAUGGCUGCCUGCUCCUUCAUGGGCCUGCCGUGGUACGUGGCCGCCACCGUCAUCUCCAUCGCCCACAUUGACUCUCUGAAGAUGGAAAGCGAGUCCAGCGCUCCUGGAGAGCAGCCACAGUUCCUUGGGGUCAGAGAACAAAGACUUACAGGCAUUUUGGUGUUUGUUCUCACUGGAGUCUCCAUCUUCCUCGCUCCAGUACUUCAGUUCAUCCCCAUGCCUGUGCUGUACGGUGUCUUCCUCUACAUGGGUGUGGCUUCCCUCAGUGGCAUCCAGUUUUGGGACAGGAUUAAGUUGUACAUGAUGCCGUCCAAGCACCAGCCCGACUUCUCCUUCCUCCGUCACGUUCCUCUGAGGAGGGUCCACCUCUUCACUCUGGUUCAGAUCACCUGCCUGGCCGUGCUCUGGAUCCUCAAGUCCACCUUCCUGGCCAUCAUCUUCCCAGUUAUGAUCCUGGGCCUGAUGGGCGUCCGCAAGAUGCUGGACAUGGUCUUCUCCCAGCACGACCUGGCCUGGCUGGACGACCUCCUGCCCGAGAAGGAGAAGAAGAAGAAGGAGGACGACAAGAAGAAAGGAAAGGACAAGAAGAAGGCCAAGCCGGACGACAGCGAGGACGAGGACAAGUACCAUCCCUACUCCAACUGCUCGCCCAGCUCCGAGUCAGACGUGGAUCGCAGCAUCACUCUGCACCUGAAGAUCUCCUGCCCGUCAUCUCCGGCCAUGCCUAUGGGCCGAGGGAUGCCUUGCCCCGUGCCCCAGGUCAAAAUCGAGAUGGAGUCGGACUACGACUCGGACACUGACCACCACCGGCACCGGGACAUGAGCAGUGAGACCACAUUAUAA